UUUGCUGAGUAUCCCUUAUCGAGGACAAGGAAUGUGUGUAUCAGCUAAAAACUGACCCAAUUGAAUACAAGUAUACAACAUCGUGUCUACAGUCUCAGAUAUUUGAGGCUGCAGUCUGUUCUAAGAUUUCCAGUAACAGUGCCCUUUAAAGGAAGGCAGGCUGCCAUUCUUACCCAGACUGACAUACACGUGACUCCAGACCCUCAGCAAUGUGGUGGACUCUGAAGUCCCCUCUGAAAUGGCCUUAGCAAAUCACCCAAUACAACCUGGAAAAGGGAUGAGAAAAUGAUAGUGUCACUGACCGAUGUCACUCCACUUCUGCUGAGGCAACAUGGCAAAACUGCAAAUGCUUUCGACGACCAGUGAGGCCGGUUACCACGGCUACGAGGUGUACCCUGCGUUCUCCCCCCGAUCCGCUGACCCAGGCUACACCCAGGCCGUGAUGGGAAGUGUUGGCAGUGGCGUGGCAAACGAGCAGGAGUUUGCGAUGAAAUGCGUGAACGGCAAUAAUCGAGCAGGGCACAGCCAGAUCGCUGGGCGGCAGCACGAGGGACUGAGGAACGGCUACACUUCCCGGGAAUUCUCCAAACGCUACUCGGCCGACGACCAGGGCUACAAGCCCGAGAAGGUGUCUAAUUCCUUGUACAUUAACGGGGAGCAUCGCAUAGGUGACCGGACAAAAACAGACGUGACCAAUAACAAUGAGAGGAACCUGCCCCCCCAGUACAAGGAGCCGAGCAAUCCACCAAAGAUACUGCCCGUAUCCGGCAAACUGGAACAGAACAGUGAGUCAUUGAUUCGACCCUCUGCAUUCAAGCCUGUUGUCCCCAAAAACUUCCACUCUAUGCAGAACCUCUGCCCACCACAAAGCAAUGGAAUAAUAGACAGUAGGAAAAGCCUUAAUGCCCAUCAUAUCAGUAGCAGCAGCCCUUCAGCUGGGAGAGUCGGACUGGAAAAGGCAGGUCACAGCAGGACUAUAAACCACGGAGGUGGAAUGUCCGAUUCUGGCCGUAACUCACUGACCAGCCUUCCCACGUACGGAACGGGCUACAGCCAACACAUCGGGCCAAUGAGUGCUUCGACAAGCCACAUAAACCGUCUAGGAACCUCAUAUGGAGAGAGGGGAAUGCUGGGCUAUAAUGGAAUAUCUACCUCCGAUAGUGGACGGUCUUCCAGCAAAAGCGUGGCCUCUUUCAACAAACUCAAUCACAUGCAGGAAACGCUAACCUAUCACUCACCAUCGAACGACGAUAUCAUUCAGGACCUUGAAGACCGGCUGUGGGAGAAGGAACAGGAAGUUCUCCAAAUGAGAAGAAGCCUCGACAAGAGCGAGGCGGCCAUAGUGCAAGUCUUUGAGGAGAAGCAGAAAAUAUGGGAGCGUGAGAUGGAGGACCUGAAGCAGAAUUAUGCCAACAAGCUCCAGCAGGUGUCCAAGAAGGCCCAGAGAGCUCAACAGGCCUUACAGCUUCAAAUCUUCAAACUCCAACAAGAGAAGAAGAAACUGCAGGAGGAUAUUGGGCAGCUGUUGCAGCAGAGAGAAGACCUGGAGAAAAAAUGUAUGACUUUUAAGAAAGAGCAGUCUGAACUUCUGCCCAAACUUGAAGAGACCAAAUGGGAGGUGUGUCAGAAAGCCGGUGAGAUCUCCUUAAUGAAGCAGCAGAUGAAAGAUUCCCAAGCUGACAUGGCCCAGAAACUGAAUGAGAUGGUGGCUCUAAGGACACAGCUGAAAGAGGCAACAUCAGCGUUGAGGGCCAAAGAGGAGCAGGUCCUCGUUCUGAAGGACUCUGUCAACGCCAAGGGCAUUGAGCUGGAAGUGUGCGAGAAUGAGCUGCAGAGAAAAACCAGUGAGGCUCAGCUCCUGCGGGAAAAGCUAGGCCAGAACGAAGCAGAGAUUUGCGGAUUAAAGCAGGCGCUGGCCUCCAGGGCUAACCAGAGCUGGGACAGCCAGGAAGCAGUGGAGGAGCCCAGGGAGGAGGUGGCCUGUGAGAGCGACGAGGCGAAAAUGCAGCGGCAGAACGAGGAUGCGGUCAAAGCGCUGAAGAAGCAGAUCGAGAGGCUGCAGGGAGAGCUGAGGCUGGAGAGACAGCAGCAUGAGCAGCAGGUGGCGCAGUUCGAGGAGGAGAGGCAGACGUGGCAGGAUGAGAAGGAGAAAGUCAUCAAAUACCAGAAGCAGCUGCAGCUGAACUAUGUGGAAAUGUACCAGAAGAACCAGGCGCUGGAAAGCAAACUGGGCGAGAUAAGCACAAAGGCUGGUUCACCCACCGCCGACGAAAUCAAGCAAUGGACACCAUCGAGACUCGAACGGAUUGAAUCCACUGAAAUAUAAUUUGUGAUGCUGACUGUACUUUAUGUUGAUAUACAAAGUGGGACUAUUGCCAUGUUCUGUCUCAACCUAUUUGUCUGUUUAAUUCACAGGCAUCCGGUAGCUUGUUUCCGUUUUAAUGCAACGUUGAGGUUGAACACCAGAAAUUUAGCCUUCCUUUUCUUUGAAAUUGGUUGUGGAUUAAGUCAAAUGCUGUUCUCCCUCCCCCAACACCUACCCAACCAUCCUUUGCAGUAAAACCUCAUUAUGGUUCAGUUUCUGUUCCACAUUGUCUGCUGACAUGGAUUAGAGGGGUCAGGCUACCUCUGGACCACUCCAUCUUGGUUUGUACCAGUGUUCCUGGUGGCAUAUACCAGUGCAGUCAUUUCCCUGCUUGGCACUCUGCCAGUGUUGAGGUCGGAAUCUCACAUUCUGUCACAAUAAAACAAAAGAAUGUGGAUAGCAGAAAGCUGACAAGCUGCUCCUUGGGCAGAUAGCGUUCAAUCCAUCUGGCAGUGAAUCACUCCUGCCCCUGCUGGUCUUCCCCUUUCGUUCAGUCCUCCAGCAGCUCAUCACACUUUCACAUCCACUUACUGUGCAGUCGUUUAAUAAUCAGUUCAUUCUCUAACAUCUUCUAACCCUGGUAAAAGAACCAUGAAACUUUAACUCAGUUUUCCUCCUGCUCAGAUGUUGCAGCUUGCACUUCUGAACUUUUCUAAACUGUUUCUGUUUUUAUGUGAUGAAUUUCAGUCAGGUCUUCCAGUGACUUGUAGACCAGAAACAUUGUUGAGGCCCUAAAGUGGUCAAUUAAUAGACACUGACAGGCACACUUCACUUGCUGCUGGUAUUUUACCAACAAUGCAAGGAGACCCAUGCCAUGUUACCAGGCCGCUGGGUAAACCUGUUCCUGUGAGCUUAUGGUUGAUGGGGGUGGGGUAGGGGAGUCCCUCAAGUACCAGCAGUGCCCUCAUCUUUUGUCCCCACUCCCCGGCCUCUCAAUUGUGGCUCACCAUCCCCCUUAGGCCUACCUGACAGGUCUGGGCAAAACUGUCUUUGUCUUGCUUCCAUGGGGGACUUGCUGCAGUCCCAGCUCUGGCCACCACUGCUGGUGGCGCUGCUUUGACUGGAGAACUGCUGGGAAUCUGCUAUGUCCAUAGCUGUUGGGACAGCCUCCAAGAUGGGAUGGUGGAGGCUACAUCUUGAAAUCAGUGAUGUUUAUAACUAAGCCAUUCCUUCUUGGCCCCCUAGAGAUGUGCUCACUCCACACCACCCCCACCUAGGUCCCAACUGGGAGGGGAGGGGUGGGUGCAAAGCCAUCAGCUCCAUGGAGACUUGCAGCCAACGACAGAGGGCCUCACACUCAGCUCGUAUCACGGAAUGUCUCACUUCUGGAUGGUCUCACUUUCUAUUGUCAUGUCUGACCACGGCAGACCAAUGAAGUUAGAGAUCAGCUAUGAUCGAAUUGAAUUGUGAAAUGGGCCCAAAGUGCCAAUUAGCUGACUCCAGUGCUCCCUGAGCACAGUGGCUGGGGCAUGCAUCCUGGGCCCACGUGCAGCCAGUCAGGAAAUGAAGAGGCAGCUUGAGAUGACAUGGAUCUUCUACCUGUAGCACUUUCUGUGUGAAUGACCCCUUGCACACUGCAGCGGGGAAGUGCAGCAACUACCUGUACAAUGCAUUCCAUUUCUGUGAAGGUGACACAGUGUGUCAUAGAACCAGAUACAGCACAUUGCUCCACAGUGAGGUGGCACAUCCAUCAGUUUCCUAUCUUGUGAAUGCUGCCAUGGAGACUUUAGAUUUCAGUCAAUGAAAGCUGUUCAAUUAAUCCUGGAGCUCACGCCUUCAUUUAGAACGUCAAGACAAAUUUCAGAUCGAAGCAUCAAGCUACAGUGUACUUUGCAAAUACUACCAUGUUGUGCAUUAACAAUCUCUGAGGCUUUAACCAUUCAGUUUCCUGUGUCCUGUUUAGUUCUUCUGUAUGUUUCCUAUGAAAAGUUGCUUACUAAAGAUCUUCAUCCUGAUUUUGACACUUCAAUCCUAAUUUCUGCCUUUCAAUACAUCUCACCAAACCUUUACCUUCCAGAAACAAAUCUAAUUAUCUCCUCAGCCCUAUGGCCAUCUGCUUCAAUGGCCUUCACUGGGAGGUUUCUCACCAAGUCUGUUCCCCCUCUGAGUAGAAAGGAACAAAGUUCCUGCUGUCAUUCCUUCCUUCUAAGUUCUCCCUCUACCAUGAUGAAGAAUUUCGCUGGAUCAGUUUUGUUCACAACUCUUGCUAUGUUGAAAGGUCAAUACCAAAUUUCAUAUCAGAGUUAAAAAGUCCAAACCAUUUUUCCAAAUACAAAAGCCUUAAUUUUUUUUCCAAAAUGUAAAAAUGUGCAUGCAAGUCUUAUAAAAAAAGGAUCAGCUUUAGUCCCAAUGUCCUGCCUUUUCUUCAUAUCCUUUUUUAAAAAUUUUGCCGUCUCUAAAUAUACACAGAAAAACAUAGAAAUUAAUUCUUACUCCAGUUAUAUCUUACUCUAUAUUACAUGAGAGAUAAAAGUGUUUGAGUAAAGUCUGGAGAUAACAGCAUAUCUGAUAAUCUGUCAGACAGGAAAACAAUAUCACCUGUGCCUCAAACACAUAACCAGCAGGUUUACGUGGCUUUGUAGAAUGAUAUUAGAAUUGUGAAACUUAACCCAGGCUGUUCUAAAUUGAGUGGAGCCCUAAACUUUAGUAGUUUUCUCUCAUCUCUUCAAUUUCCCCUCUCAGAAUUCUUCGUGGUAAAAGAGAAUUGAUCAGAAUCACCCAACCUUUUAAUGGAGAAUUAAUCUGGGAAAUGUAUAGCAUGGGAAGAGGCCAUUCAGCCUAUCGCACCUAUGCUGACGUUAAAGACAGGGAAGGAGUUAAGAAGCAAAGAAUUGUGGUUCAAUGAUAUGCAUUCAAUUUGUAUUACGGUACCAGCAAGAACAAAAAAAUGAAACCCUAUCAUUUAAAAAUUGUGCAUCACUACAUCAGCCUUCAGAGAAUCACUGGCUAAUCACUGUUAUUGUAUUAUCCACUUGAACAAUGAAUUUUCCAUUAAUUUGUUCAUUUGUAAAUAUUGAGUCGAGCUUGUGUAGUUUCGUGUAACUACGUGUGCCUGUGCUGUGUUUAAAGGUAAACAUUAUCCAUUCUAAAGUUACAUGAAUUCUAAGGAUUUCCUGUACAACUAGACAAUGCAAAUUCUCAGUUGCUGCACAUCUUUCUCCCAGCACUGUGUAACAGUUAAUUUAAUGCAUCACCAGGUAACAGUGAUCCUUACCUGGUAGAACUUAAUAAGGUCAUUGAAGAAACUGUUGGAUUUAUAAGACAUAAAGUACAAUUUGUAGGUGUGUGACUAAACAUUUAAAGCUGUACAACGUCACCAAUCACUCUUGUUUUUGCUUUACCUAAUUCCCUCCUAAAGCAAUGGGUAAGAUGCUAUGAAUAGGGAAUGCUACAAGAUCAAGAAUGGUUGUGAAGGUUGUGUGCACGUUGGCGGGUGCUUGAAUGUAGUGGUGGGCUUUGCAUUAUAUCUGAUACACUGUGACUUGUUUUAAAAUUGCGAUUUUCCUAUUUGUUGUCAUGCCAGUGGGUCACAGAACAGGUACAGAGCCUGAAAUUCUAAACAGACCUAUUUUGCGCAUCGAAGUGGGGAGAGCCAGAAUCUGUCCCACACUGUGGGACUGGGGUAACUUGAACACUCAGGACUGGGGCCCAUGUAUCUUUAAUGGUGUUCUGUUCGAUGUCCAAUGCAAUCCAUCUUCAACAUAUGCGGAAUGUACCUAUGAGACCUCACUGGAACACUUGCAGGAAGUUAGACCCAGGGUUUAUGGUGAAUGUUUGCUGGUGAGUUUACACACAUAAUGUGAACUAUAAAAAGAGGUAGGCCAAACAAACCAGUGAACCUGCUCUAUUAUAGAAUCCCUACAGUGUGGAAUCAGGUCUUCAGCCCAACAAGUCCACACUGACCCUCCGAAGAGUAACCCAC